AUAUUGCAAAAGUGGAUUUCUAACAAAAACUAAAUAACAAUGUUGAUUUACACCAACGCAAACAAUCCGGCGGCGUUAAAACUUCUAAUCGCCGCGAAAUUUGCGCAAAAAAGUGUUGAUAUUAAGGUUGUGGACGUGAAUGAUGGGUCACUCGAACAACCUAGACAUUUGCCCUAUGUAAAAACGGGCGAUAAUGAGACGAUUUUUGUGCCAAAUGCGGGCGUUUGGUGGCUGUGGCCCCCUGCACAGCAGGCGGCAAAAGCAGCGAGUGAGUAUCUGGAGUGGGAGGCGGCCGUUUUGGCGCCCACUUUGGCCCACGUUGUGGGGGGCGGCUCCAAACAAGAAAACUUAAAGGCUUGUCUCAAUUCAGCCUUAAAUAAACUGAACAAAGUUCUGGAAAGCCAGCCCUACUUGUCUGAGAAAAAGUUGAAUGCGAGUGAUAUUGUGGUGUGGUGUACUCUUUACCCACUUGCGCUUGAUGAUACUUUAGCCAAGGAGUAUUUAUCGAACAAUUUGCAUGUUUUAAAGUGGAUGAAAAGUGUGGAGAGUGAUAAAGAAGUGGCUGAAGUUUUAAAAUCUUUUAAAAUAUCAUCAGGAAUUGCCGCUUAUCAGGCGUUACUUGCAGGCGCUAAAUUCAUAAUUAGUAACAUUUCCACAGAUAAUAACGUUCAAUCUCCACAAAGUGUGCCUGAAAUUGUCACAAGUGACGAGCUAGAGGCCGCACAGAAGGCCUGGUUGAAGGAUAUUAAAGAUAUUCCCUUGAUGAAAACUCAGCCAAAAGUGGUAUUACCUAAAAGUACAGAACGGAAUAUUUUAAUCACUUCCGCACUGCCCUACGUUAAUAACGUUCCCCAUUUAGGGAAUAUAAUCGGUUGUGUCCUUUCGUCCGAUGUUUUCGCCCGUUUUUGUCGCAUUUGCAAUUACAACACUCUUUUUAUCGGUGGUACUGACGAGUACGGUACUGCCACCGAAACCAAGGCUUUAGAGGAAGGUUUAUCGUGUCAAGCAAUUUGCGACAAAUACUACGCCAUUCACAAAGACAUCUACAACUGGUUUAAUAUCAGUUUUGAUUAUUUCGGCCGUUCCUCAUCACCGCAACAAACAGAAUUGUGUCAGGAUAUGUUUUUGCAACUAAACAACAACGGUUUUAUGUUCACUGAAGCCGUUGAACAGUUACAUUGCGAAAAGUGUGACCGGUAUCUAGCCGAUAGAUUUGUGGAAGGGGGCUGUCCACACCCGGGCUGCAACUACGAAGAUGCUCGGGGUGAUCAAUGCGAUGGUUGUGGAAAAUUAGUGAACGCAGUUGAGCUCAAAAAUCCUCGGUGUAAAAUUUGCAGAAGCACACCGAAGUUGAAAACAUCCAACCAGUUUUUCAUUGAUUUACCCAAGUUGGAACCUCUUUUGCUUCACUGGAUGAAACAAUCUGCCCCUGGAUGGUCGAGCAACGCUCAAGUCAUCGGAAAAGCCUGGAUAAGAGAAGGUUUAAAACCUCGGUGUAUCACUCGGGACUUAAAAUGGGGCGUCCCUGUGCCCCUUAAAGACUUCAAAGACAAGGUGUUUUACGUCUGGUUUGACGCCCCGAUUGGCUACAUGUCAAUAAACAAGGCCUACACUGAGAAAUGGGAAGAGUGGUGGAGGCCCAAACCCGAGCAUAAAAUAACUCUGUACCAGUUCAUGGCCAAGGACAAUGUUCCGUUCCAUGCUGUCAUGUUCCCCGCUUGUCUCCUGGGAGCCAACAGGGGGUACAUCACAGUAUCACACAUCAUGGCCACCGAAUAUUUGAAUUACGAGGACGGGAAAUUCUCAAAGUCGCGAGGAGUUGGCGUUUUUGGAAACGAUGCCCGAGAUACGGGCAUUCCGAGCGACGUUUGGCGAUUUUAUUUAUUGUAUGUGAGGCCAGAAUCACAAGAUUCCAGCUUUAGUUGGUCGGAUUUGGCCACGAAAAAUAAUUCCGAGUUGUUGAAUAAUCUCGGUAAUUUUAUUAACCGGGCUCUUGUUUUUGCCAAGAAUAAUUUUAACUGCACUGUGCCUGAAAUGCAACUCACGAAGGACGAUUUUACGCUGUUGGUUUUGUGCACAAGGGAGUUAAAAGGUUACGUAAACUGUCUCGAAAAGUGCAAGUUGAGGGACGGUAUCAGGCAUAUUUUGUCCAUUUCGCGGCUUGGAAAUCAGUAUAUGCAGUUUAACCAACCUUGGGUGCUCCUUAAGGGAACCCCCGAAGAGAAGGUUCGUGCAGCUACUGUUGUGGGCCUUUGUUGCAAUAUUGCGGCUUUGUUGGCCACACUGUUGCACCCAUAUAUGCCUGACACCAGUAACACGUUGAAGAAACAGCUGAAUUGCGCCAAUACUGCCCUUACUCCAGAAAGCAUUGAAAUAAGACAACUUUUACCACCUGGCCACAAGCUAGGCAACCCAGCGCCACUUUUUGCAAAGCUAGAACCGGCAAAAGUCGACGAAUUGAAGAAAAAAUUUGCGGGGGCGGAAACUAAACCCCGACAAAUGAACGGAGAAUUAAAAAUGACUGACUUGACUAAAAGUAUCGCUGAAAUUGAAAAGCGGCUAAAAACCUUAAAAUCGGGCAAAGCGGAUAAAAAGAAGAUAAAAGAAGAAGAAGCAAUUCUCGCUGAUCUCCGAUCAAAAUUAAACUCGCAAGUGCAAAACAACAAAGACGACAUCAAAAGCAUAGAAGACCAAAUUGCGGUUCAGGGUUCACUCGUGCGUAAAAUGAAAGAAAGUGGGGCUAGCAAGCCCGAAUGGCAACCAGAAGUUGCAAAAUUGCUCGAAUUGAAAGCAAAGUUGGCUAGUCUUCAGCCACGUUAAUUUAUUAUUAGGAAAGUAAAAAUGCGGUUGCGGUGUUCGGAAUUAUUUAUUUGACUAUUUAUGUAUGACUGGAUUACAUAUUGCAAACAAA